AUGCGCAGCCGAUCUCGCAUGUGCUGGCUCGUGGACUUCAUGUGCAACCAGCUCAGCUGGACGCUGGGAGUCAUCAACGGCGGCAACGUGGGGUCGAAGGGCGAGGUUCGGGAGCAGCAGAUCAUCUUCAAAGCCCCACACCCCAUGAACCUUGUCAGCACCCACGUCAUGGUCGAGCUGCGAUCUGCAGGAUACGUGGAGAUCUGCGGUAGCGAGAAUGGCGCCGUCUCGACGCUGCGCGAGUACUUCGAGAGCGAGUUUUCCGCGGAGGUCGAAGCAGGACAUGACGAGUUCUGCGACGUGUGCCUCAAGGUCAGCAGCGGCAUGUUCAAGGAGCGGGGCCGAAGUGGCGAGAACAACAUUGGCCACCUGACCAGUCAAGUCUGCGACGCCAUUGUCAACAUACUUCCUGGCUUCAGCCUCGUUACCAUCAAUGGAGGUAACUAUGGCGAUGACGGAUCACACCGAGAGCAGCAGAUGGUGUUUCGUUGGGACAACCACCCCCUGCGGGAAGCUCCCCACCUUCUGGUGGAGCUGCGAGAGGUGGGCUACAUCGAGAUCUGCGGGCAAGAUGUGAACGGCAUCCACGCGCAGCUGACCAAGUUCCUGAAGGAGAAGUGGCGCUGCAAGGAUUCUGUGAAGAUCCCCGGCCAGGAGCCGUUCUGCGACAUCAAGCUCGCCUGGUCUGCGAAGGACAUGAUGUGGGCCUCCGCGGACCUGACGAGCUUCUUCCACGGCCUGGGCUGGCAGAUGCAGGUCUGCUCCCAGGGAACCGUGGUGACCAAGCGGGGGAAGUCUGAGAGCCGGGAGCAGCAGAUUCUCUUUCGGCCAGGAUCCUCGCGUGAGGGCGCCGUGGAGCCCCACCUCUUCUUGGAGCUCUUUACCGGUGAAGGCUCAGAGGAACUGUACUCAAAGCCCGAGGUGACUCAAGUGCCUGCAAAUCAGCAGAUCCGCUUCUGCCAAGUGGGAGAUUGCUCCACAGCCAUCGAGCCCUUGAAGAAGUUUCUCACCAACUACCUGGGCGGCGCCAUCGACGGCCAAGAUGAGUAUGGGAUCAUGCGGCUGGUGGUGGAUGUCUUUCUCAGCCGCGGGGAACACGACAACAACCUGGGAUGUUGGACCAUGCGGGUCUGCGACUUCAUGGUGGACCGUCUGGGCUGGAGUUUCGUCGUCUGCAACGUGUGCAACCUCGGGGAGGCCGGGCGCUGCCGCGAGCAGCAGCUGGUCUUUCGCUACGACGGGCCCCUGAGGCAGCUGCCCGUGGUGCGAACCUUGAACACGGUGCUGGACGAGGCAGCCUUCCACGGGCUCUCUCUGCCGCCCUACUGGCUUAACGAAGAGGUGCUGGCGCACAAGAAGAACCGAGCCAUCGAGGUGUGCCAGCAGGAGGAGGUGGAGAACCUCCAGGACAUCUUCGACGAGACCUUCAAGCGCAUCCUGACCCGAGACCGCGUUUACGAGUACCAGGCCGCAACCAGUGAAGAGAUGCCCUACCGGCUGGAGGUGGUCCAUGCCUUCAGGAGCGAGAAUGCCGAGCUCUUCCUGAAGUUCGCAGAGCGCCGGGAGGAGUACAAGGGAGGCUGGCCCCUGAAGGCCAAGAGCUCCGGCGCGGGGAGCAUGCUCAACGGCCGACUCCUGGAAGGAGAGUCCUACCUGGCGCAUGGCACCAACCCGUCGUCAGCUAUGGCCAUCCUCAAGGGCGGAUUCAAGCUGGACCACGCCGGCAGCGCCACGGGCACGAUGUUCGGCAAUGGGGUGUACCUGGCAGAGUGCGUCUCGAAGUCGGACGAGUACGCCCGCGACGACAACGGCGGAACGAAGGCUGUGGAAGAGCUGGUAGCUACCGGGGAGCACAAGCAAUCCGCCAUGUCGCCCAGUGCUCCAGCCUCAGCGUUCUGA